AUGAUAUGGCAACACGAAGACGGAAGUGGUGGAUUGAAAGUUCCAGUUGGAAAAGGAGGCCGAUUGAUCAUUCUUCAUGCUGGAUCAGCUCAAACGGGGUUUAUUCCUGAGUGCAAACUAAUUUUUAAAGCAAAGAAGUCCACUUCGUUAGAUUAUCACACCGAAAUGAACGCUGACAUUUUUACAGAUUGGUUCCGGAACUUUCUCAAUCUCCUUGAAGAGAGUUCAGUGAUUGUGAUGGACAAUGCAAGUUAUCACUCUGCGCUGACAGAAAAAAUCCCUCGCACCAACUGGAAAAAGGUGGAUAUCCAGAAUUGGCUAGAAUCGAAGAAUGUUUCUUUCUCUGAAAAUGAGACAAAGGCCGAAUUAUUGUCGAGAAAUGAAAUAAAAUACGCCGUGAAGGAGUAUGAAAUUGAUAGGAUCGCACUGGAAAUGGGCCAUGAAGUGGUUCGUAUGCCACCCUAUCAUGCUCACUACAACCCGAUUGAGCUUGUGUGGGCACAAGUGAAAAAUUAUGUAGCCACAAAAAAUAAAACAUUCCGAUUGGCAGAUGUUGAGAAACUUAUGCACGAGGCUAUUGAGAGGGUGACUGUGGAAGAUUGGAGGAAAUGUGUGAAGCAUGUAGAAGAAAUUCAAGAAGAUGAUUUGAAAAAAGAGUGCCCUCGUGAUUUGGCAAUGGAAUCACUUGUUAUUACAAUAACAGGAGACAGUUCAUCUGGUGAUUCCGAAUUUGAAAGGGAUUAA